AUGGCGAGAACGAAACAAGUGGCUAGAAAGUCGAUUGGAGACAAAGCACCCCGAAGACGAUUAACAAGGGAAUCUCCCAAGACAUUGACAACCUUCGACCACACUGGCAACAAAAUUCUCCUACUUGGAGAACGAAUGUCAUCACAUUCAGGCUUAAGCGCUUUUCCGUUCCAAGUCUACAUUUUGUCGGCUGCUGCGGACCUUGCGACAGACGACGAGUUUCCGGACAAGCUGAGAGAGUACAUUCAGGGAAAUGACGGCUGCAUCAGAUUCAACGAAAAUUGUCGGUGGCAUCUGGAAAUCUACACUCUGCCUCAGGCUAGCAUACUAGACUGCAUCGACCACCACGAGAAGGAAAAGCAUCACCGUAAGCUGUUAGGCCGAGGACCCGUCAUGCUCAAUCGGAAGGAGCUACUUGUCGUUGACAACAUACAUUGGGAGUCAAAGGGGCUGCUUUCCAUCGAGUACACUGCCCAACUCCUUGGUCGCGAUGGAAGCGAGCGUGAGUUUGAAAACCAUGUUCAUCAUGAAUCUGGGUUAGAUGAGGGAGAAGAGCUCGCACUUCCGAAUCUGCGACAGGACCUUGUCGUGCGGCGCCACAGAGAUGCCGAUGCACUUGUUGAGGUCUUGAACUUCAUCUGGUACGAUGAGGGCCAUGAAUGGGUUCUCGGGCCUCUAAUGGAACGCAACAUUGCAUUGGGAUGGGAGACUGACCCUGAUCUAAUCCGAUACAACACUCUCCCGAGUACUCCGGUCGCUAAGAACAUCACACGUGGUUACAUUUGCGGCGAGAAGAGACCGCGAGAGGACUAUGAAGAUGAAAAUCAAGACGAGGAUGACGAAGAUGAUGAGAUCUUCAGCAAAUUUGACGUCGAAGCUCUUGCAACGUAUGGCGAGCUAUGUGAUCCAGAUACUGCAGUGCCUAAGAGCAUCUUGCACGUUAUCAGGAGAUCCAUUCCGUCUGAGCCUGAAGUUUUGCUAUCACUUGAUCUCCCGAACAUCAACAUUCAUGAAAGCGUUGAUAGUGUGGGCACAAGGUGUUUCGACUGCCAACAUAUCAGUCAUACGUCAUCCCCAGUUCACUUCUCGUACAACCUCUACGUUCUUGGGAAGAAGACGUACUCGCCAGAUACGCUCUUUGCUCUUCUGAAUUGCAAAUUUCUUGCGCCUCUCCCUUGGAUGCUUCACGUCUACGAAGUGGGAAAUCUUCCAGAAGCACUUUCACAUUGUAGUACUGAGAUGGCAACUCGAGAUGUCUCUAGAAGACUGCCGAGGAGCUAUGCCAGACCGCCAGAGCAACCUUUACCACACGUGUUUCUUUACAUCGACGAGCACACAAGUCUAGAGACCGGUCCAAGGAUAGUCACCAUGACUGACAACAACUCAACCUCGCAAGGAAUAGCCCUCGAGGUCACGUUCCCAGGAGGUUGGGAAGAUGCUACACAGAUGCUUUUCACUUGUAUGGUCUUAUGUGGCGAAACGCCAGGCAUAAUUGCUCUGACAAGAGAUUGUACGCCGCCCUCGAUCAUGGCUUCAGUGUCUUUGACAGAUGGUCAUCCACUGUCUGGUCCUUGUCGAUCAUCUGAGCAAACACAUCUCACCCUCACUCUGGCUCUGGAUGAUGAUGCUACACGUGCGGUGAGUAUACACACACAAGACACAAUCUUGACUCCGAACAUCUAUCUCUGGGACACCUUCCUGCGCAUCAUAGACGUGGAGACCAACACAGAAGUCCUAGUACCGCCUCCACAAUCUUGCCACGGAGAAUCUCGGGCGUUAAGUGUCGAACAACUUCAAGCUCUAUCUUUCUUCUUCUCUACCACCUCGACUGCCCGACACCAGAUUCUCACGCUCCGACCCGGUGAGAAGGUUGUUCGUACCGUAAUCUUUAAGGACAGCCAGCUCAGUGAACGAUACCAAGAUGUCUUGGUCUAUGGGAGAAGCUACAAGAUUGAGAUGAAACCUGAACAGACGGCCGCAAAGUGGAUCUGGGGUGAUCUGGAGUACGACAUAGGACCUCUUGGCUCGAGUCCACUUCCAGUCCUUAGAUGCGAUAACACUGCCAUCUUUAGCUUUACCGGCGAAUCUCCUACAGAACAGUAUAUCUCAUUGCCUCAUUGCCAUCUCGAUGAAUAA